CGCUGCAAGCUGGUGCUGCUGGGGGACAGCGGCGUGGGCAAGAGCUGCAUCGUGCAGCGGCAAUGCCGGGGCACGUUCAACCCCGCCAGCUCGGCGACAGUAGGGGCGGCCUUCCUGGCGCACACGCUGGCGUUGCCGUCCGGGCAGUGCAUCAAAUUUGAGAUUUGGGACACGGCGGGCCAGGAGCGGUACGAAUCCCUGGCUCCGCUUUAUUACAGAGGGGCCACCGCCGCGGCAGUUGUGUACGAUGUGGGCAGCGAGCGCAGCUUCCGGCGGGCGGCGCACUGGGUGGCUGAGCUGGCACGCAAUUCUGCGGGCACGCCGCUGCUGGUGCUGGUGGGCAACAAGAGCGACCUGGCGCAGGAGGAGCGGGCGGUGGGCGGCGAGGAGGCGGCGGCGCUGGCGGAGAGCAACGGGAUGCUGCACAUUGAGACGUCUGCCAAGACGGGCAGCAACGUGGCGGCCCUGUUUGAGCUGAUUGCAGAGCACGUUGCGGCGCCGGCGGCA